AUGAACCCUGAAUACGACUACCUCUUCAAGCUCCUCCUCAUCGGUGACUCUGGUGUAGGAAAGUCGUGCUUGCUACUUCGUUUCGCCGAUGACACAUACACCGAGUCCUACAUUUCCACCAUCGGUGUUGAUUUUAAAAUCCGCACCAUCGAGCUCGAUGGAAAGACUGUCAAACUUCAGAUUUGGGAUACCGCCGGCCAAGAACGCUUCCGCACCAUUACCUCUUCCUACUACCGUGGUGCCCACGGCAUCUGCGUUGUCUACGAUGUGACCGACAUGGACUCGUUCAACAACGUCAAGCAAUGGCUUCAGGAGAUUGACCGCUACGCCACCGAGGGCGUCAACAAGCUCCUAGUCGGCAACAAGAGCGACAUGUCUGAUAAGAAGGUUGUCGAAUACACUGUCGCCAAGGAAUUUGCCGACUCGCUCGGAAUCCCUUUUCUCGAGACGUCUGCCAAGAACGCCAGCAACGUUGAGCAGGCUUUCCUCACCAUGGCCCGCCAGAUCAAAGAGCGCAUGGGCACCACAGCAGCCAACAACACCAAGCCCAGCGUACAGGUUGGCCAGGGCCAGGGCGUUGGCAACAACUCGAGCAGCAGCUGCUGCUAG